AUGCCCGUGAUACUAAACACCAGAAUGAUAGAAAUGUUUCUGUCAGCUAUCUGGUGUCCUGAUUUCGACCUUUCAAGGUGCACUCACACUGUGGCUGGAAUAAACAUCCUGAGCAAGGUUCGUCUUGUGGGCGGGUCACCAGAUGGAGUGCCGAGUGAGGUUGAUCUAGUUUUAGCACAACAUUUGCGAGGAGAUGGCGACUGUCAUGAUUGGUACCAUCCAUUGCAAACAGUCUUUCCGCAAAAAAUAAAGCAGUAA